UCCCCCUGGCUAGUAGAAGACAGCAGCAGCAACAGUAACAUUUAAGGGGACAAGAAGACAUAGAAGCUGCUAACCCCAAAGAUUUGGAUUAAGUCAAAACAAGUUCUUUGUGAAUUUUUGUUGAACUUUAUUUUCGUCCUACAAGAAUCUUUUCUCUGAGGCUGUAGAAAUGCCACUCUCAGGAACUCCAGCUCCUCCCAACACAAAGAAAAAACCCUUUAAAAUCAUUACGGACCUCUCCAACAUCACACAAAUUGAGGAAGAGGAAACAGAUGCCACCGAGUUUGACCUUGGGACUAAGAUUAAGACGCCUAAAGAAGUGAUGCUGGAGGAACUGACUCUUAUGAAAGGCAAAGGCUCUAAGAUGUUCAGAAUGAGGCAGCAGAGGGUGGAUAAGUUCAUCAUCAGCGCUGAGAAUCUGCAAAAUCUCCAGGUUCUGGAACCUCCUGUAAUCUGUGAAAAGAUCCCACCUCAGACCCUUCCUAAACCAGAUCCACCUAAUGAUGCAGUAGAACCUGAGACUGAGAAGGAGAAGAAGAUCAGUGAGAAUGUUAAAACGUAUGUCUCACCGUGGGAACAUGCUAUGAAAGACGACGAUGAGCUCAAAGCCACGAUGAAGCCACAAAUGCCAGGGCCUCAUGUGCACAAAGACCUGCCCCAAUACAAGAGUUUCAAUAGAACAGCACUGCCUUUUGGAGGAUUUGACAAGGCUUCUCACCUGCUGACCUUCGAGAUCCCUGAUAUCAAGCCCACCUCUGAAGAGCCAGAGCCACUUCCUGUGUUCCAGUGUGUCAUCGACUCUCGACCAUCUUUUAACCGUACUCCAAUAGGCUGGGUGUGCAGCGAAGAGGCCAGCUACAUUCCCCUGUCCCUGGAACCUAUCCCCUCUGAUGGAGAGACAGAAGACCUCUGAGAACCAUGUUUUGCUGAUUCAUGCAGCCUGUAUCUAUCUCAGUUCAACUUAUAUCGUUGUAGUGUUGAAGAUAUUUGCCAAAACUCUUGGGUAUUGGCAGCAAUGAACCCCCCCCCCUCCCCCACUACAUUUCAACAUUACUUGUAUGGUAAUGUAAAAUGUAAAUACAGUGAUGUACCAUACAUAACCAAGUGGAGCCACCUCAUAAUAUGAGUUUGCUUAAUAAUCUGAACAGAAAACCUUGUAUUCAUUACUGUGAAUGAUCUUUCAAUACACGAAUAAAAGGCAUUCAGUUCUUUUACAUAGCUAAAAACCCCUAGUCCUAGAUAGCUGACCCCCCAAACACACACAUAAACACACACAUUGGAAUGUUUUUCCUGCGCUAGCAAGACUAAUUCAGGCCAGGGAUGCUGUUAAUUAGCGAGUUAGUUUAAUCAUGUGUGUUAGAGCAAGGAAAAG